ACAAGGAAAUGAAAUAUCUAAAUAUAAAAAAAGUAGUCAGACGCGUGGAUGAAGAAGAGGGCAGUCAAAACUGAUUUUUUUCAGAACUAUCACUAAACCCUAAACCCUAUAUAUACAGAGAAAGAGAACCAUAUCAAGCACAGAUUCGUCAUUUUCAGGUUCUGGUCUCAUGGCUAUCGUUUGUGGAGAAGACGAAGUUGUGGGCGUUCUACAAGAAACAAGAGACUCUCCACCGUCAGAUUAUUUGUUCAAAAUCAAGACUUUUUCUAUGUUUUCCGAACACAGCUUCGGCAAAAUCGAGUCUAGCAACUUUGAAGCUGGUGGGCACCAAUGGAGGAUUUUGUUCUUUCCAAAUGGCCAUGAUGAAGGUUUAGGAGAUCAUGUCUCCAUAUACCUUUCAGUGGCAAGUAAAAAGAGUCUUGCUGAUGGCAAGCCGAUCAAUGCUAUUUUCAAGUUCUUCGUGUUUGACCAAAUUCGAGCAAAGUAUUUUACAGUUCAAGGGAGUGUGAGACGUUUUGAUCGGAUGAAAUACCGAUGGGGAUUAUCCAAGUUCAUUUCUCUGGAAGAUUUUAAUGCACCCGCUAGUGGAUUUUUAGUGAACGAUACAUGCUUUAUUGGAGCUGAGGUUUACGUUAUCCAGAGCCCAAGUAUCUGUGAAAGUCUGUCGAUGUUGAAUUUUGAUGACGACAUCUCAUUUAAGUACACUUGGAAGCUUACCGGAUUCUCAGGCCUGGUAGAUGAAUGUUGUUAUUCUGAUGAAUUUGCUUUCGGGAAUUACAAAUGGCGCUUACAGUGUUAUCCAGGAGGUGAUGGUGACAAUAGGGGUUGCAAUCUUUCAAUGUUUCUGGAGUUGGUGGAUUCCCCAAUUGACUCCCCUGCUGAGAAAGUAAAAGCACAGUUCAAAAUCACCCUUCAUGACCAGAUUAACAAGGAGAACCGGGCACGAGAAGCUACGCACUGGUUUGGUGCUUCAGCUGGGAGUAUUCAGGGUUGGAAUUCUUUCAUUAGACUGAAGGAUCUCAAGAAGAGUUCAAAUGGAUUUCUGGUCGAUGAUUGUUGUGUUUUCGAGGCGAAAGUUACCUUGCUAUGUGCUACUUAUCAAGAAUCUCUGAAUCCCUAAAUGCCAUUAACAAAGACUAUGUUCCACAAUAUGUAUCCGGAAGUUUUGUCUUUGCAAACAUGCACAUUUCCUUUUGGACCUUUUGUUAUUCAUGUAACUGGAAGUCUGGAAUGUUAUAAGUUAUAACAUUGCUGCUGUUGUAUUACUAAUUGAAUUCGAUUUUAGGGUUAA